GAGUGUCAUCGGAAUUUGUGUAUUGGAAACUGGAGGACGCCGAAGAAGGAUAUCUCGUUAUUACGGAGUUGUAUGCUCGUUAAAUUUUCGUCAUAUUUGAAAAUAUUUCGUGUUUUUAAAAUGAACAUGCAGCGUUGAACGCGAGUAAAUUAGUCGAGUCAAACCAGAAGAAACAAUCUGUUACACAAAUUUGCUGCACAGGGUCACUACAGGUUUCAGAAUCUUAUCAAAGUGGCCGUUUGCUGACCAGAUUUUGACAUCUGUCUACUAUGAGGUUUGCAGUGGCACUGCGUGCUGUUGCUUUGGUUCUUCUGUUGGGCUUUACCUGGCUUCUAGCAAAUUCAAUGCUAGGAGGGGAUGGAAACUCAUUGAUACGGAUGCUGUUUAGUGGUGGACAAGAAGAGCCUACUCCAGAACCACGACCACGCAAGUACAAGUGUGGCCUGUCAGCACCAUGUCCCCCCAAACAUCUCGCGUUCCGACUGACCUCCGGUGCUGCCAAUGUCAUCGGCCCGAAAAUCUGUCUGGAGGAUAAAAUUCUUGUUAGCAGUGCUAAAAACAAUGUUGGCAGAGGGCUCAAUAUUGCUUUAGUAAAUGGGGUUAAUGGAGAUGUUUUGGAAAUAAAGGCAUUUGAUAUGUGGGCAGGAGAUGUUUCAGAGCUGCUGAAGUUUCUUCGUCCUCUCCAUGAAGGAACGCUAGUAUUUGUUGCCUCUUUUGAUGACCCGGCCACCAAGUUAAAUGAUGAGGCUCGGCGGCUGUUUGAGGAGCUGGGGAGCACAGCUGCAAAGGAACUGAGCUUCAGGGAUAGCUGGGUGUUUGUUGGAGCCAAGGGAAUAGAAAAUAAGAGCCCAUUUGAACAGAGAAUGAAGAACAGUAAAAGCAGUAACAAAUAUGAAGGCUGGCCCGAGUCUCUGGAGAUGGAUGGCUGCAUUCCUCUGCGCGCUCCUUUAGAAACUUAAGGCCUCUUAGGGACUUUGAACUGUAGGAACACUUCAGACACAAGGAUCAAGGAGCUCUACGUACAAUUACAAUUGGCUUCCAUUCAGAGAGUGACUCCGAUGCCUAAAAAUUUUACUCAGUGGAUGGUUCGAUGUGGAUUUUCCUUGCAGAGCCGUCUGGUUCUUUUCAAGGUGAAGAAAUGAACUGAAGUGAAAAUAUAGCUGGAAGUCUGUCUGCUCCGGUGGAAUUAGAAUUGUUUUUAUGAAGAAAAAAUAUAUUGCCACAGUAAAUAUUUUUUAUGUUUAGAAAGGUUCUACUGUUUAAAAUGUGUGAAGUUGAUACUGCAUAAAAUCUGUGCCUAGCGGUUGCUCUGAAGGAUGGCAUUAAUAUGCUUUUUAAAUUCAAAGGAAGAAUAUUAAAUACACAUUGUCCGGAGAGUUUAUUAUAUAUUGUCACCUAUUUAUAACCCAUGCUUGUAAUAAGAUGAGUCUCAUAAGACUCAAUCUCAAAUUAACUUCUUCCAUGUGUAGGUUUUGUUCUUUGUAAAAUGAUGCACUGGUGAAAUGCACUGUAUAGACAACCUUUGAUGGAAAUCGACUCAAAGAUCAAGAUUAUUCGUGUAGUUUUAUUUAGGACAGCCUUUUUUGGGAGGAUUACGUUUAUCUUAUCUCAUAAUAAACUCUCACAGAUGUUUA